CGUUAAUAUAACCUACUUGAAGAAAUACAAAGAGAGAUCAGAUAUGUAUUUCAGAGAACCACCUCACACUGAAGAAGAGAAGGAGGAGAGAAUAGAAGAGGUUAUAGCGCUAGUAGGAGAAGAUGAUAAGAAUAAAAAGUAUUAUUGCUUAUUCAAAGGAGUAGACCCGAAGAUAACAGUUGAGUUAUCGAAAAAACAAUUUAAUAGAAUACCAACAACGAAAAGAUUAAAUAUGCUGGCGACAUUUAUGCAAUUAGUAGGAACUCUUCGAGAGGAAGAAGAGGGAGAAGAUGUCGUA